CCCGUGAGGCCCAGUUAGGGACAAAAACUAAUUUGGAAAAACCCGGGACCGAAGUUAGCCGUUUCCUUCUUUCAGCCCUACCUCAGCAUCUUACUCCAUGGCGGUUCCCGAAACGCGCCCGAACCACACGAUUUAUAUCAACAACCUCAACGAGAAGAUCAAGAAGGAUGUUUGGCCAGAUCCUGGAUAUCCUGGUAUCGCGGAGCCUGAAGAUGAGGGGCCAGGCUUUUGUCAUCUUCAAGGAGGUCAGCAGCGCCACCAACGCCCUGCGCUCCAUGCAGGGUUUCCCUUUCUACGACAAGCCCAUGCGCAUCCAGUAUGCCAAGACCGACUCAGACAUCAUCGCCAAGAUGAAGGGCACCUUUGUGGAGCGGGACCGCAAGCGGGAGAAGAGGAAGCCCAAGAGCCAGGAGACCCCAUCUGCUAAGAAAGCCGCGCAGGGUGGUGCAGCCGCCCCAGUGGUGGGCGCCGUCCAGGGGCCAGUCCCGGGCAUGCCGCCGAUGACUCAGGCGCCACGCAUCAUGCACCACAUGCCCGGCCAGCCGCCCUACAUGCCGCCCCCGGGCAUGAUCCCGCCACCGGGCCUCGCGCCUGGCCAGAUCCCACCGGGCGCCAUGCCCCCACAGCAGCUUAUGCCAGGACAGAUGCCACCUGCCCAGCCUCUUUCAGAAAACCCACCCAAUCACAUCUUGUUCCUCACCAACCUGCCGGAGGAGACCAACGAGCUCAUGCUGUCCAUGCUUUUCAACCAGUUCCCCGGCUUCAAGGAGGUCCGGCUGGUGCCUGGGCGCCACGACAUCGCUUUCGUGGAGUUUGACAAUGAGGUGCAGGCGGGGGCUGCCCGCGAUGCCCUCCAGGGCUUCAAGAUCACCCAGAACAACGCCAUGAAGAUCUCCUUCGCCAAGAAGUAGCACCUUUCCCCGCGCCUGCCCCAUCCUUUGUCCCGGCCCCCCGUUUAGGGGGCCCCCCUUCCCCACCUUGGCUCAGCCCCUGAAGGUAAGUCCCCCUCGGGGGCCUUCUGAGCUGUGUGUGUGCGUGAGUGGUCACACAGCAUUGUACCCAGAGUCUGUCUCCAGACAUUGCACCUGGCGCUGUUAGGCCGGAAUUAAAGUGGUUUUUUGAGGUUUGGUUUUUCACUAUCAUUUGUCUGUUGUUUUUUAUUUUCUCUUGUCCUGUGUCUCUUUCCCCACACUCCCGAAUCUUUGGCACUUUCUGGCAUGUUGGGGUUUGCAGCCUUGGGAGAAUAGCGCCAGGUAGCGCUAGUGUCGCUGAGUCAUCUGUAGCGCUCGGCAGCUCUCUGUUCCGUCCCAGUCAGCAGACAGGCCCCGAGGACAGCCAGGUAGGUCGGGUGCUCUGCUGCACCCUGGACCCCCGUCAGGGGCUUCUUCCCCUCCACAGAAUCCUCAUCGAAGCGCCUGCUGUGGCCACAGAACCCAGAAUCCAGGCUGAGGGAAGCGGGCGUUCAUGCGCGUAUGAACCGUGGAAGGGUCGGGAUGACGGAGGGUUUGAGACAGGUACUUGGGGUUCAGGCUCACAGCCCCUGCAGUCUUGUUCAGGAAAAUGCCACAGCUGUCACGGGAGUUCCCAGCCGGACUCUCACGUGGGCACUAGAACAGGAGUGUGGCCAGUUCCCAGGGCUCAUCUGCCUUGCUGACCAGCGGUCAGCUGGGAACCUCAGGCAAAUGGCUGAACCAAAUUCCCCUCCAGUGCCGGGGAGUUGGGAAAUGUUUCUGGUGGGGCAGCCAUGUACCCAGCUGAAGCUAACUAAGGAUGAGAGACAAAAGGCAGCUCGCUUAGAUGUCACACGCCUGUCCUGGAAGAUUUUCAUAAACUGACUCAAAAAAUUGAACAGGUUGCCUAAGAUCUUCAUAGUAAAUGGGAGGUGAGGCCAUCUGUCAUAAGUGGACAUCAGCAAGAACAUACACAGGGACCUUUAAUUCCAGGGUCAUUUUUACCUGCUCUGCUCGCCCUCUUAAAGGGCGCCCUCUGGGGGCCCUCCCUGGUGGCUGGUGCAAGGGGUCACGUCUCAGCACAUGAAGC